UUUCGGUCUGUGCGCUUUACAAAACAGCUCUGGGGAUCUUGGAGUACCCAGAGCUCAGCCCCGCAUCCAUCAUGGAGCAAGCAAGCUUGUUGCUAAGUUUUCUCUUCCUUGGCGAGCAGCUGAGACCCAACCUGGCUUGUCAGCUGCCUUCCGACUGGAGGCCGCUCAGCGAAGGGUGCCGGGCAGAACUGGCGGCUACCAUCGUCUACGCCAAAGUCUUAGCUCUGCACCAGGAUACAUACAGCAUGUACAACUAUUUGCCCUGGCAGUACGAAGCCUUGGACGGAGGGUUGUUUUACUCCGCAGAGAUCGAGAUGCUGUGUGACCAAGCUUGGGGGAGCAUGUUGGAGGUGCCGGCGGGCUCCCGGUUGAACCUGACCGGCUUGGGCUACUUCUCCUGUCAUUCCCACACGGUCAUGCAAGAUUAUUCCUACUUCUUCUUCCUCAGAAUGGAUGAGAAUUACAAUCUCCUUCCACACGGGGUCAAUUUCCAGGAUGCGAUAUUUCCGGAUACGCAGGAAAACCGGCGGAUAUUUUCAAGCCUUUUCCAAUUUUCCAACUGCAGUCAAGGGCCCUACACUGUCAUGUUCUCCAGCGAUUGGGAGAUCCAAGAGGACAACCGGCUCAUGUGCUCCUCCCUCCAGAAGGCCUUGUUCGACGAGGAGGACCAUGUGAAGAAGCUCCAGCAAAAAGUGGCAGCCCUGGAGAAACGCAACAAGCAGCUACAAGACCGAGUGAAGAAGGUCAAGAGGUUGCUGAGACAAACCAGGAAGAACGGUCGGCACAUGGAGCUGAUGAACCAGAAGCUCAACGAGAAACUGUCUUCUACAGGGGGUCAGUUCCCCUACGCGAACUCCUUAAAGCAAGGCCAUUCCUGUGCCACGUACCUGAAAGUGUAAGAACCAGUUUGGCACUUCAAGCUACAGUCUUACCUGUAGCGAUCGAACGGCGUGUCCUUCUCCACCCAAUCUUAUCUUGAGAAAGACUCAUAGUGCGUUCAAAGUCUUUGGCUUUUGACCAUGAAGGAUCUGCACCUCAAGUGGAUAUCUCGACGGCUUCGAAUGGGCUUCAUAAAAUACGAUCCAGGUUCUGCCUAGGAGGAAGCGUGGACCGUUUCCUUCAGAACAGUUGGCUUGAGACCGACUAGGAAUGGGUUUAUGGACCGUAGUUAAGGGGGGAAAGUUGAGUCUUGGAUGGGUCCAGUGAUACAGGAUUGAUAGGUAGUCGUCAAUUUACAACAGUUCAUUUAGUGUUUAGUGUUCAAAAUUACAACAGCAUUGAAUAGUGUCAUGUGAUCUCUUUUUGUGACCUUCUGACCAGCAACGUCAAGGGGGAAGUUCACUUAACAACCGAAUGACUAACUUAAGAAAUGUCUACGGAGGUUCUCCAUCAUCCAGGUUGUUUUCAAGAGGCAACUGGACCGCCUUGGUUUUUCUUUGAAGAAAGUCCAGUUGCCUCUUGGAAAAAAGCAUCUUUGGGACUAACUUCAUAACGUCCGUCAUUGCCUGAACCACUCUGGCGAGAAUGGUCGUAAAAUGGAGCAAAGCUCAUUUAACAACAGUCUCACUCAACCCCAGAAAUGUUGGGCUCAAUUGUGGUCGUAAGUCGAGAACUACCUGUAGUCCAGUAGCUGAAGCACUAAAGAGAGUUUGGACCUGCUCCAAAUGGUGGGAGAAGAAACGACCAAGGACUCCACGCAAGCUCAAUGAAGGAGCAGAAGAGUCUAAGUGUAAAUAAUAAAAAGUUUAUACCAUUCUGA